ACAGUUGACGUGUACGGUUUGUGUAACGGCAGCGUGCAACAGCAGCGUUACGAGAAAGCCAACAAACAGAACAAUUUCUAAGUUGCCUGCUAAACGCACACAAAGAACAACAACAUCAAUAACAACAACUGCAACAACAGCAAUGCAAGCAAAUACAACAAUAGUGUGCGCCAAUGAAAAUGUUAAAAUGUGAAAUACAAACAACAGCAGCUAACUAACAACUAACAAGCAGCAACAGCAACAACAACAACAACAACAACAACAAGAAGAGCACGUCAAGAGUCUCGCGCGCGUGUGAGUGUGCCAACGUGUGUGCGUGUGUGUGUGUGUGUGUGCGUGCGUGUGUCUGCGUGAGUGUGUGUGAGAGAGAGCGCUGCGUGUCACAUAUCAGCAAAAAGAAAGAAAGCAAAUAAGUUCAGUGGAGUUCGCGCAGCGCAGCAGCAGGAAAAUUCGUUCGACAGCAGCAGCAUCAACGGCAGCAGAGACGCCGGCAGCGACGCCAACAGCAGCUAGUCCCUCAAUACUUGGAUCACACAGCACACACACUCAGACAAGAGCUGAUCUAGAGCUUCAGCUAGAGGAUCAGUUUCAGCAGCUGGGUGGAGAGUUUGCGCCUAGCCAUGGGCACCGGACACUAUUUCUGGGCGAUCUUCUACUUUACCAGCCUGUGCAGCGCCUCACUAGCAAAUAAUGCCAAAAUAAAUUUCCGAGAAAAGGAGAAAAAAGUCUUAGAUCAAAUUUUAGGUGCAGGCAAAUACGAUGCCAGAAUACGACCAUCUGGAAUAAAUGGCACAGAUGGUCCAGCUGUUGUGCGCGUCAACAUAUUCGUUAGAAGUAUUUCGAAAAUCGAUGAUGUAACCAUGGAGUACAGUGUACAGUUAACUUUCCGAGAACAAUGGACGGAUGAGCGUCUCAAAUUCGAUGAUAUACAGGGUCGCUUGAAAUAUCUCACACUGACGGAGGCGAAUCGCGUGUGGAUGCCGGAUUUGUUCUUCUCCAAUGAGAAGGAGGGACAUUUUCACAAUAUCAUUAUGCCCAAUGUGUAUAUACGCAUAUUUCCCAAUGGUUCGGUGCUCUAUAGUAUACGCAUCUCAUUAACAUUGGCCUGCCCAAUGAAUCUCAAACUGUAUCCAUUGGAUAGACAAAUAUGCUCACUACGAAUGGCUAGCUACGGCUGGACCACCAACGAUUUGGUAUUCCUUUGGAAGGAGGGUGAUCCAGUGCAAGUGGUAAAGAACUUACACCUACCUCGCUUCACAUUGGAGAAGUUUUUGACUGAUUACUGUAACAGUAAAACCAACACGGGUGAAUACAGUUGCCUCAAAGUCGAUCUACUAUUCAAGCGAGAAUUCUCAUAUUACUUAAUACAAAUUUAUAUACCAUGCUGUAUGUUGGUCAUUGUCUCAUGGGUAUCAUUCUGGCUGGAUCAAGGCGCAGUGCCAGCGCGUGUAUCGUUAGGUGUGACCACUUUACUCACAAUGGCCACACAAACAUCGGGCAUUAAUGCCUCACUGCCGCCCGUAUCCUAUACAAAGGCAAUCGAUGUUUGGACCGGCGUCUGUUUGACGUUUGUCUUUGGGGCAUUACUUGAAUUCGCCCUGGUGAACUAUGCCUCCCGCUCAGGUUUGAAUAAAGCUAACAUGCAUAAGGAGAAUAUGAAAAAGAAACGUCGCGAUUUGGAGCAGGCCAGUUUAGAUGCCGCUUCAGAUCUGCUUGAUACAGAUAGCAAUGCAACAUUCGCAAUGAAGCCGCUGGUGCGUCAUCCAGGCGAUCCACUGGCGCUGGAGAAGCUGCGCCAAUGCGAGGUGCACAUGCAGCCACCGAAGCGUCCCAGCUGCUGUAAGACUUGGCUAUCCAAGUUCCCGACAAGAUCGAAGAGAAUCGAUGUUAUAUCACGCAUCACAUUCCCGCUGGUCUUUGCGCUCUUCAAUCUGGUCUACUGGAGCACAUAUCUCUUCAGGGAGGAGGAGGAUGAGUAAAUGCCGUUUACCUAUUUACAAAUAUUACUUUACUUUAUAAAUAUUAAACAAAAGCAAACAAAACUCAAAACUCUAAAUGCUGGCACCACAAUACCAAAGAUUGUACUAACCUAUUCUCUUUCUCUUAAUUUUCUACUUUCAUUUACUACUUUACGUUCCAAAUUCUGUUGCGUAUGGCUUUGUUCGGCUUGAUUUUUGCAUAUAUAUAUAACUAUAACUAUCUAUAUAUAUAUAUGAUUUUUGAUUCGAUUCAUUUGAUUACAACUACAAAAAGGACCUUCUAAAGCGCGUCCGCGUCCGCGUCUCUGAUAACCAAAGGCUAUGUAGAAUCCAACAUGAAAUUAUCCAGAUAUAUUUAUAUAUACACACAUAUACCGAUAUGUAUGUAUAUAUAGGUUAAUGCUUUGCAUGAUCAAAUGGGGCGAGACAAGGCUUCAAGGCAUUUCCACUAUAAGAAUUUUGAUUAAAACCAAAUAUAUUUACUAACUGUAAGUUAAGUUGAUCAACUACGACUGCAUAGUAGAUAAAAAAAAUUAAAUAAAACAACCAAGUAUAGAAAUUAAAAAAAAAAAAAAAGGAAACUAUUAAAAUGAUGUAUUUUAAAAUGACGAAACCGAGGCGAUUUGAUAAAACGCUUGCAGUUCGUUUGUUUCAAUUUGUUUUAAAUGUUCAAAAUUGUUAUACAUUUAGUAAAUUAUUUUUAGGCCUUAAACCAAAUACGUUUUGUUCAAAACUCGAUUAGUUUAGUUCGAAACAAAUUAGUAUUAAUUUGUACUUAAAAAUGCGCUAAGUUAGAUGUAAAAACAAAAAAAAAAAAACAAACAAAAAAAGAAAGUCGCACGACGUUUGUAAAUAUUGUCAUAUUGUCAAUAAGUUUUAAGCCAGCUAGUUUAUACACAAUUCGAAUUCUAAAAUGAAAAACAUAAAACAAAACAAUGCGUGUAGAUAAAUUUAAGUUUAGGCAUAAAUAAGCAACAAUAACGAACUCAACAAAUCCUAGGCAAAUUCAAUUAUUAUGUUCACAAUCGAAUUAAAAAUGAAAUGAAAAAAGAGGAUGAACAAAUAAAAUGCAGAACAUGAUUCAAUGUUUUGUUUAUUAAAUUAAUUCUCCAAGCACACACACACACACAGCAAAGUGCGUUUUUUUUUCUCUAGUUUAUGAUACCCUGGCAGGAAAGUACUAUUAAUAAAUGUCAUGUCCAUCUGCCUCCCAUUCUGUUCAAAACUAUGUGAGCACACGUACAUUUAUGUGACUCGAACUUGAAACAGAUGUUUGUUUUUCGCUGCUGAAGUUUAUGAACUUCGGAGCCCAUCGCAUCGAAUUUAUAUAACAUAUAGCUGCCAUAGAAACUGUAGCUUUAGGUUUGACAAGUUGUACAUUUAGGCCAUACCUUAUAAUAUUAGAAAUAAUAUAUGACAUACAACUGCAAGGGUAUGUGAACUUCGGCGUCACCGAAGCAAACAGUUCUCUUAUGCUUAUUAUAUUUUUUUACAAAAAAUAUUUAAUUGGCACAAAGUAAAAAGCAAAAUAUAACUGGAACUGGUGGGUAUUGCAAGUUUUUAUUCCGAUAUCGAUAUGUUUGAAAAAAUAGAACAAUUCCUUAAUAUUUAUCAAGUAUUUUUUUUUGCUUGUUUACGACUUGAAGUUAAAUUAAAUUAGUGCCAAAUUUGUUCAUGUAGUUAUUAGCCAUAUCUUUUAGGAUUUAAUGCUAAACCCCUUAUUUAUGCGUAAAAUUAAACAUUUCGUCUUUUUUUCUUAUAUAUAUAAACAUAGUAUAAAUUAGUAUACAAUUUUAAUUCAAUUAUUUAUUGGGGACAGCGCAUGAGAGCACAAGCAAAACUAACACUAAAUUAAGAACAAUUUGAAACUUGUGUUUCGAAUGUAAAGUUCCAUUAGUUAGUUAUUUUCUUUAAGUAGUUUAACAAUUAGUAAUUACGAUUAAUAAAAAAAAAACCAUAAACCAAUUAACAGACAAUACAAAUAGUUUAAACAAAAUAAAUAAACCAGUAACAAAAUCAACAAUUAAUAGAAACCUAAGCCCACAAUUAGUUGAAGGCGUGGCAUUUGCCAAAUUUUUGGUAAACAAAAUUGCUUUUUAUUUUUAUUAAGUGCCUUUUGUAUGAGGAGUGAGUCCUGCAGUUAACAGGAGUUGGCUAACUGCCCCGCCUCCCCAGUUGUACCAACUAAUUUCCGCAAUUCGAAACCCCAAUAAUAUAUAUAUAAAACCGAACAACUUAACAAAAACUAUGCACAAACAUUACGAAACACCAAAUCUGAAGAUAAUACGUUUCGGACUAGCUCUAAACUGAAUUCUACAUAGCUAACCAAGAACCAAAAUAAUAUAUUUAAAAAAUAAUACCUUACUAAGAGCAACCAAUAUUUUGUAGUUCUAUAAUAUUUUUAUUCAGCUUGUUUAUUUAUUUAACUUAUUCAAAUAUUUUAUAAUGUUAUGCUUUCUUUCAUAUUUUCGCUUUCUUUUACAAUAAAAAAUUAUAAAAAAAUAUUUACAAUAAAGGUAAGCCGCAGAAACCAAACAAAAAACAAAUCAAAAAUCAAUGAUAAACACGCACCCACAUAUAUAUAUAAUUAUAUUGUCACUAAGCAAACCUCAAGAGGAAAUGAAAUAAAUGUUGUAAAAUUCGUGCCAAGCAAGAAACAAAUGAAAAUUUCACCAAAAACUCAACUAAAUAGCUAAAAAACAAAAAGUAUGGGCGAACCAAAUUAAGUAGAAUAUAGUUUUAUUGUAUAUGAAGCUAUAGCUAUUGAACAUACAGGGUUUUAAAUGUGAGCAAAUAUGUAGUGGAUGGAUAGCUCGGGCGCUCAGAUGAAGGCCUCGUAGCAGCCAAAUGUUGGGUAUGUUGUUUCAUAUGUGUUGAUUAAUGUUGAUGUAAACGUAACUAAGUAACUAACACUGGGAAAAAUAUUUAAAAUAAUAAAAUAAAACCGCAAAACCGCAAAACCGAAAACAAAGAGAAUAUUUAAAGAGCAGUAGUAAGUAGAACAUCACAGCUAGCCGAGUGCGCUAUAUCGAUCGAAAUAAUUGGCCCAGCUAUUCCAGUUCGUGUCUAAUUAGCUUAGGACUAGAUCAAAACGUUUCGGCUUUCGAAACAUGGCAUAGGUUGUGUGCUGCCUUCAGUUGCCGUUCAACAAUUUGGUCAAUUAUCAUUUAGGCGCGAAAGUAAAACAUAACGAAUGUAACGUUCUAUACGACGCGGCAGUCCAAUAUUUUGAUGUAAAUAGUUUAAAUAUUAUAUAAUACAUGUAAAUGUCAUACAGUUAGGUUUAACAAGUGCACAACUUCUAGAUGCGUUCUAAAAAUAAAAAGACUUACAAGUUUUCAAGUGACAUGCUAAAUUUAACAUUUAACGAGCAAAAUGUAGCACAUAAGUUAACAUAUGUGUAGUUAAGUUAAGCCACAACCAAAAACCAGUGUUGCAUAACGCAUUCACAUAGACUAGUCAUCAAACAUUACUAAUAUUAACUAAAUACUACCUUAAAAACAAAUAACGCCAAAGCCCAGUUGCAUUCUAUUUCAAGCAAACACAAAAACACUCUCAACUCAAUUCGAUCACUCGAUUCUCUUAACAUCACCUGCCAACACUUAAGAAAUUCAUCACUUGCCAACACAUAAGAAAUUCAACUCGCACAAAUUGAAAAUAAAUAAUGACAAAAAAUUAUAAAUCAUAACACAUAUCUUCAAACAAAAACGGUGGCCAUUAUGCCGACCUAAUUCUAACAAUCAAAGCAAGAAAAGGAAAACUCCAAUUAUCAUUUCUAAGAUGAAGAACAAACGUACAUAUAUACAAAAUGUAAAUACGAAUCAUUUAAAAUCGAAGAUCAGUGAACACCGCAAAACCCCUUACUUUAUAGAGCUAAGUGGACACACACGCACACACACA